AUGGGCACAGCUACCUGCAUCGAUAUCAUCGUUGCCAUCCUCCUUCCGCCUCUCGGCGUCUUUCUCAAAUUUGGCUGCAAAGUUGAGUUCUGGCUCUGUUUGGUGCUCACACUUUUAGGUUAUCUUCCUGGAAUUCUCUAUGCCAUCUAUGCUAUCACUAAGUAA